CAGACUCCCCCGUUUUCUCACAACUCUGAUUCCUUCCUUCUACUCUACCUAUUCUCUUCUCUCCAUAGAUUCUUCCCUCGCAGUUCUUGCUCUUCAACUCUUGAUUAUCAUACGUGAAGCAGGCCAACUUCCUUCCUGUUAAAGAUGGACUUUUUCUUCAGAGGCCCAAAUGAUGACUCUGUACCUUCUCAGCAUGACAUUCUUAGGUGUCCCUUUUUGAGGAACAUUAAUGAGCCCACUAAUUUCUCCUUCCGCUCAUCCACGCCUUUUCCAAUGCCUGUCCGCAAAGGCAAAGGUCCAAUUUUUGAAGAUGGUCCAAAUUUUGAUAUGGCGUUCAGGCUAUUCCAUGGGCAUGAUGGAGUUGUCCCACUUUCUGGGGGAUCAUUCUCAAGUUCUGAUAAAGAAGAUUGCCAACCAACCCUUCCUGAGUUCAAUCCUUUAGCCGCAAAGGCGGCUACCAUCAGUCUUUCAUCCUUUGGACCUGGGGGACCCUUCAGCUUUGACUCAUUUUCAAAGAAGUGGAAGAAUGAAAAGCGUAACUCUAAAUCAUCCAAAAAGAAGUCAUCUUCAAAGGGAGGACAAACAGAUCACGAGGCAUCAAGCAAUGAAUGGUUGCAAACUGGAAAUUGCCCAAUUGCAAAGUCAUAUCGAGCAGUUAGCAGUGUCCUGCCACUUGUUGCAAAAGUUUUCCAGCCCCCGCCAGGAAUGAAGCUCAGGUGCCCACCCGCUGUUGUUGCAGCCCGAGCAGCUAUAUCACGAACUGCUUUUGCUAAGAACCUUCGGCCUCAACCCUUGCCCGCCAAAAUUCUGGUGAUUGGGAUGUUGGGCAUGGCUGCAAAUGUUCCUUUAGGAAUAUGGAGGGAGCACACUCAAAAGUUUUCAGUAUCAUGGUUUACAGCUGUCCAUGCAGCAGUUCCUUUCAUAGCCAUGCUUCGGAAGUCCAUCUUGAUGCCAAAAUCAGCCAUGGCAUUUACCAUCGCAGCAUCUGUGUUAGGACAGGUUAUUGGAUCUAGGGCAGAGAGAUACAGGCUCAAGGCAGUAGCUUCAAGGGAAAUGUCUCUUGCAGAAACUCCUAUAAGUGGUUCAAGUCAGUUACAAAUUGUUUCUGUUAAAGGAGGACAUUGUGGAAAUCUGGUCGAGCAUCCAAUUUCGCUUCAGGUUGCGAGGAAUUCUUCAUCAGCCGGUGUGUUUUGCUGAUUCCUUCUCCUGCCUCUUAUAGAUCCAAUGUUUCUUGGAGUCCACAGAUUGUAAUUCUUUUUUUUUUUUCAGCACUUAUGUGUUUUCCUUGAUUAUGGUCUCGUUUAGUGUAAGAAAUAAUUGGAGAAAUAAAGACUAGAGUGAAGAAAAGAAUGAUUUGUUGAGGAA